AAACGACCAAAUCUGCGCUCCGCGCAGCCUCUGGCGGUGGCGAUGGCAUCGUCCACAACUAGCCCGCCCGCUGCCCCAGAUCCCUGCGAUCUGGGAAUCCAUACUCCUGCCAAUCUGAAUCGAGGAGCCCGUGCAGCCCUCUUGCAAAACAGCCCCGCUGUCGUGAAUGGCCCAAUAGGUAGCUCACCCGCUUUUGUGAGGACGGCGCAGACGCCACCCUCGCCGCUCAACACGAUCUCUCAUACUGCAGCCACCGAAGGAGCUCAGCACGCCUCGCCUUCCACCUCGCCCAGCGCCGCUUGGCCCCCGGAUCGACAACCGGUUUCUAUUACCGACAUAGCAAAUAGGCUCGCGCGUGAUCGCGUGGAGGAGCACAACGCCUAGCUGAAAGUGUUUGAAGCCUUUUGCGCUUCAUUCGAAGAGACUGCUAAACGAUUCACCGCUGGACCCGAGCGCCAUUUCGCACAGGAGUUUGCCAAUGGCUUCCUGGCAUUCUGGAAUUAGACGCUCCUUGGCACCAAAUCUGCCCCUGCGCCUACCUAUAGCAGUGUCGCGGCGACGCACCCCGCCGCAAACAUCGCCCCUGCCCAUCAACAUCAGCAACAGCAGGCGACCCGACGUCUCCAGGGACAACCAACCCCU